AAUAAAUUUACGAUGGAAACGUGCCGUGCGUGUCUGCAAAAGAAUGCAGAAAAAUAUGUCUCGGUUUUUAAGAAAAUCCACCAAAUAACACUGGACGGAAUGUUUCAUUCGCUUACCGGUUUAAGUGUGUCUUCAGGCGAUGGUCUUCCUCAAUGUUUUUGUGAAGAAUGCGCAUAUUUUAUUGUAACUUGUAACAAUUUCCGUAAAAAAUGUCUAAAAUCGGAUGCUCAUCUUCGUGCAGUUGCGAGUAAUGCUGUUAGCGAAGACUUGCUAUAUAAAAUUGAAGAAUGCGGGAAUACAUCGGAGGAAGGUUAUAUAGAUGAAUCGGAAAAUAUUGUUACGGAGGAAACAUACUAUGAAGCAGAAGUGCAACCGACGACAAAACAACUAAUGCAGGAUAUAGAAGAAUCUGAUUAUGAAGUGUACAGUGUUUUAGAUGACUUCGAAAUAGAAGACAAUGAACUUUUUGCCGACAAUAAUGAUGGCGCGCUGUGUGAGGAUAUUGUGGAAGCUUCAAACUCCAUCGAAAAUUCCAACAUAUCUGAGGAAGGAAAUGUUGAAGCAGCAGCAAAAAAUGAACCGCCGACCAGUCUUGUACUCAGUUGUUGUGCCUGUACUGGGUUGCAGUUUACUUCGUUGAAGGAUUUAAAGCAGCAUGGGCUUGAAAUUCACAAGACGGAAAUCAGCUCCACAUCCUCCGGGAGUUACAAUUGUGACAUUUGCUACAAACGCUCCUGCAAAAAUGCCCAGCUAGCGAAACAAAAACCCUCGCCGGAAUCAAAGGAAAGAUACGGGUGUACCGAAUGUCCCGCUAGCUACCGUGGCCGUGCGGCCCUGCACAGUCACAUGAAGAGCAAACACGUGGGAAUACGUACGUACGUGUGCGACGUUUGUCAGAAAGCGUUCCACACCUCCAGCACGUUGCUAUCGCAUCGGCAAAUACAUGGCGAGAAGAAAUUCCAAUGCAACACCUGCUCGAAGUCGUUUGUUCGCCGCCAUGACCUUGCGAUUCAUCAAAAUACGCAUUCCACGGAACGACCGUACGAGUGCACCGUGUGCGAGAUGCGUUUUAAAUUGCGCUCCCAUUUGCGUGAUCACCAAUCAGUUCACACGGGUGAACGGUCGAAAAAGUGUCGUAUAUGUGGGGAAGGAUUCCGCACCUACAGCGAUCGUCUGGUGCACGAGAAGCAGCAUGAGAACAUCGAUCUCUUCAAGUGUGACCAUUGCGGAAAGAAGUAUGGUCGAAAUUACAAACUCCAAGUGCAUAUACGGAAGGUGCAUACUGGCGAGCAGCCGUUUGAGUGUACCGAUUGUUCGAAACGAUUCUUCCAGCGAUGGAAACUGAUGGCCCAUCGGCGGAUUGAUCAUGGUGUGGUGUAAGGUGUUAAGGGAGUUAAAAACGAAUAGAGAAGGAUGAAAGUUUACUUUUGAUUGUAGUUUAAGUAUACCGUUCACCUAAACUCAAAGCCAUUGCAUUGAUCAAAAAUUAAAGUUUUAUAAUAGUUUCAAGCGAUUUAACCCAAUACAUCCCAAUGUACGAAAUUUCAUACUCAAAA